AUGAGCCAAGCAACUCAAGGUAGCACAGGAACUACAUGUUCUGGCCGUGUCAACAAGACGGACCAAAAGCGCCGCAGUUGGUCCGUUAGGGAAGAAGAAGUUCUAAUCGUUGCAUUGAAAGAGCUCAUUGCACUUGGAUGGAAAUCUGACAACGGGUUCCGAGCCGGCUAUUUGAGUAAGUUAGAGGAGGCUAUGAAGAAGGAAUUUCCGACCACCGACUUGAAGGGAAUGCCUCAUAUAAACUCGAAGAUGACAACGUGGAAAAAGACUUACUCUUCACUGUGGAACAUUCUCAAAACUAGUGGAGUUGGCUUCAAUGUUAACGGGAAGCACAUGAUUGAUUGCGAUGACGAGCAGUGGGAGAACUUUGUGAGGGUCGAUGACAAUGUGCGCAACUUUCGAUAUAAAAGCUGGCCUUAUGUAGAAGAUUGGAAGCUUAUAUUCGGAAACGAUAGAGCUACAGGCGACGAGGCGGAGGAUGUCAUGGAGGCGGCUUUUACGAUGUAUCGGAAGUUAGAUAUCAACCAACCGCUUGAUGAUGGUGAAUACCACGUCUCACUUGAAGAUAUAUUGGAGAACGGUGAAACGGGUGACAAUGUAAGCCAAACCCAACCGCGGGAAGAGACUGUAACGGCUGAAAAGGAAGCUCCAACAUCCAGCAAAAAGCGGCGCCGUAGUGUCAGUUUCGAUGACAGGAAUGAAGUUUUUGCACAGUUGAGUGGUAUUCCGGGGCUGUCAAAGACCGAGAAGUUUGACAUCUGUAAUAUGCUUGCUAAGGAGGUGGAGCUUCUGGACGUGUUUUCGAGCCUCCCGGAAGACUCGAAAGAAGACUACGUGUUGUACUUACUUGCUUUGAAACAUAAGUAA